UCCAUUCUUCAAUGAUGACUCCUGUCUUCCUUUUUUUUCUCCUCUCAUCCAUUUUCACAGUAAAUGCUCAACAAGGGCAAUCUAUUGUGAAGCCAGGCUCUAUUUUAACACCUACCACUAACUCUUCGUGGCUAUCACCUUCUGGUCUAUAUGCCUUUGGAUUCUACAAGCAAGGCAAUGGCUAUGCUGUAGGAGUUUUUCUUGCUGGGAUUCCUCAAAAGACUGUAGUCUGGACAGCCAACCGAGACAAUCCUCCAGUUUCUACUCAAGUCACAUUGAAUUUCACAAGUGAUGGACGUUUGGUCCUGCAAUCAGCGCAAGGCACAGAGACAAGCGUGGCAAAUUUUGAUCCUGCAAGUUCAGCUUCCAUGCUUGAUACAGGCAACUUUGUUGUCUAUAAUUCAGAUAACCAAUCAAUAUGGGAGAGUUUCCAAAAUCCAACAGAUACUCUUUUACCAACUCAGCGACUCCUUCCUAACGAUUCUGUUGUGUUGAAGUCCAGUGUGUCUGAGUCUAACCAAUCAACGGGUAGAUUUCGUGCCGUUAUGCAACAAGAUGGAUAUGUCGCGCUAUAUCCAGUUGGAACCAAUUUAACAUUGGAAUAUGGCUAUUGGUCAACAAGUAACGGUGUACCUAAUGGGAAUCUAAACCUUGAUGAUCAAGGUUUACUUUACGUGACCAACAGCAUUUUCAAUUUGACUGUAUCUCAAUCAAGAAAUUCUGCAAAGGGUACCGUACUCUACCGUCUGAGAAUGGAGGAUGAUGGAUUCUUGCGGCUAUACUCAUACAAUCUGCAGGAACAGAAUGGUAGUUGGUCAAUUAUAUGGUCACCUUUAAAUGAAACAGGCGUUAACAUAUGUUUUCCUAGGGGUUUAUGUGGUGUCAAUGCAUUUUGUGACCCAGGUGGUAAUGAUAUAAAUUGCACAUGUCUUCCUGGUUUUGUAUUUAUUGAUGAGAGCAAAAGGACUUCAGGCUGUGAAAGGAAUUCCACCACAGAAAAUUGCAAUGAAAAAGGCAUGAAUACCACCAUGGAAGAAGUGUCUGGUAUCAUAUGGGAGAAUCUUACUUAUAAUCGGUCAGUAUUGUUAACGAAACAGGAUUGCAAUGAUGCAUGUUUGCAGGACUGUAGCUGUGAAGCUGCGCUAUUCAAUGACGAGGUAUGCGGAAAACAAAAGCUUCCUUUGAGAUUUGUGAACAUCAAAAUCUCUAAUGACCCAAAAGAAACCUUGGCCUUCAUCAAGGUACGUACAUCUACACCCUCUUCCGAUGGAAAUGUGACAAAAAAAAAAGGAUUGGAAAUCCUAAUUAUUGGUGUUUCAUUAGUUAUUUUUGCAUUUAUUGUGUUGGCCAUUUCUGGAAUUGCUAUUUACAGAUCCCGUAUAUUUGCAAAUGAAAAUAUAUUAAAUACGGGAAACAUUGUCUUAAGCGAUGAGGAUGUUGGUCCACGAUCAUUUACUUAUAUAGAACUUGAAAAAAUAACUAAUGGGUUCAAGGAAGAACUUGGUAGAGGAUCAUUUGGCAUAGUUUAUAAAGGGACAAUAGAGAAUGGCCAGAAGAUUGUAGCUGUGAAAAAACUAGAGAGAUUGUUGGUUGAUCGGGAAAGAGAGUUUCAAACUGAGAUGAAAGUUAUUGGGAGAACACAUCAUAAAAAUUUAAUCCGUCUUCUAGGGUAUUGCCAUGAUGGACCAAAUAGGCUUUUGGUGUAUGAGUACAUGUGCAAUGGGUCACUUGCAGACGUACUCUUCAAGCCUGAAAAAAAACCCUCUUGGGAUGAAAGAAUGGGAAUUGCUUGCAACAUCGCAAGAGGAAUUUUUUAUCUCCAUGAAGAGUGUGUAGAAAAGAUAAUUCAUUGUGACAUAAAACCUCAAAACAUACUCAUGGAUGAAAAUAGGUGUGCAAAAAUAUCUGAUUUUGGAUUGGCAAAGCUGUUGAAGCCAGAUCAAAGCAAAAUCUCCACUGGUAUUAGAGGCACAAGGGGAUAUGUUGCACCAGAGUGGCAUCAGCUAAAAUGUCCUGUGACAGUCAAAGUAGAUGUAUACAGUUUUGGAAUAGUCCUAUUGGAAAUUAUAAGUUGUCGAAGGUGUGUGGAUAGUAAUCUUCCUGAAGAAGAGGCUAUUCUUGAAGAAUGGUCUUACAGAUGCUUUGAAUGUGGUGAGUUAGGUAAACUGGUCAAUGAUGAAGAGGUCGAAAUGAGACAAUUGGAGAGAAUGGUUAAAGUGGCACUUUGGUGCAUUCUAUAUGACCCAUCACUUCGUCCUUCAAUGAAGAAAGUUCUACUAAUGUUGGAAGGGACUGCAGACAUUCCAGUCCCAUCGAAUCGCAGUUUUGUUUCUCAGUAUGAUCAAGGUUUUGAGGAAAAUGAGUAAUGGUUUGGAACAAAAUAAGCCUUGUAUUUGGCAUGAAAGGUAGUCAAGUUACAUGUGUGCUUCACUUUCAUAGUAUUUGUAUGUGUGUCGUCAGAAUGUUGCGUUUUACACUUUUUUUUGUUGCUUUUUAUUUAGU